UGAACUUGAUUUGGUCUUAUCUACUCGCGGCGAGUUAGAUUGCUAAUAAUUACUAUUAGAUCUAAGAUACUAUACACAUGACAUCACUGAUUGUCAAACUUUUUAGUGUUUCAUGGUUUGAAUAAUGGAAAUAAUAAAUCAGUCUUAUAAAUUCUCUUGAGUCGCGCGGUUCUGUAAAAAUAGAGUUAAUCAAAUACAAUCAUGCUGGACGCACUUGGUGACUUAUUGAAUCCUUAUAGCGAGUUAAUUGGAGCUGCGGCUGGAUUAGUUGCUACUCUUCAAUCGGUGUCUGGAGCGGUUUUCUUAAAUGACAUUCGCAAAAGAGGAUCUGCUGAUGGAUUUGAUCCGAUGCCUUUCAUUGGAGGUAUCGUAAUUACGAUCCUUGCCCUCAAGCUUUCCCUAAUCCUUGGGGCUAGUGCUAUGAUUAGGACCAACAUAAUUGGAUUGGUUAUUAACGUUAUAUACAUGUCAUUUUUCUACGCAUAUACUUCUAAAGAAGCACGUCCAAAAAUUUGGAAACAAAUGGGAAUCGGUGCUGCGUUUGCAUUUACAUGUGUCACCUACGCAACAUUCGAAGACCCUGAGAAAAUUGAAGCACGUUUUGGUAUGCUCAUCACAGCUAUGUUUGUUGUUUUAAUUGGAGCUCCGUUGUUGAAGAUGGGAGAAAUUAUUAAAAAGAAGAGUGCUGAAAACCUUCCGUUCCCCAUGAUUCUUACUGGAACGCUGAUGGGAGUUCUAUGGCUUACUUAUGCCAUUUCUAUUAAGAACAGAACUGUUAUCUAUCAAAACGGAUUUAUGCUGAUUUUAAGUUUACCUCAGUUGAUUCUAUGCUUGAUUUACCCAAGGACACCUACCAAAGUGAAAGCUUCAGAUAAAGAGACUAAGAAAGACUAAAAAUGUUUAAAUAUGCUUUUCGUAAGAACGUAGUUAAUUUGUACAUAUCAUGUAUUAAUAUCAAACUCAUAAUCAGAAUAAACAUUAAUAACAAAGAUUCUAUUCUAUAUAAUAAAAUAUACAGUUUUUACAACACAA